UUGCCGGAUACCAACGACCACAGAUGACCGGAACAAUAACAACUAGAGUCAUCGGUGUUUUCGUUAUUAAUUACAAUAAUCUGUAAUUCUUGUAUCUAAUUUGGAAGUUAUAAAUAUAGAAAAGUAUGAUGGAUUGGGGAGAAAGAUGGAGCGAGGUCCGUAAAUUAUUAGAGAGACCCGGACCUUUCACCCACCCAGAUUUCGAACCUUCUCCAGACACCCUCAAGAUGCUGCAAGAAAAUAUGCGAGUUUUAGUCAUUGGUGCUGGAGGCUUGGGGUGUGAGCUGCUCAAGGAUCUGGCACUAAUGGGCUUCAGAAACCUACACGUGAUCGACAUGGACACCAUCGAUCUCUCCAAUCUAAAUCGUCAGUUUCUGUUCCGCAAGAAGGACAUUGGCCGCUCCAAAGCAGAAGUCGCCGCCGAGUUCAUUAACCGGCGUAUACAGGGGUGUCAGGUGGUGCCCUACUACAGCAAAAUCCAAGACUAUGAUGACGACUUCUACAGGAGUUUCCACCUGGUUGUUAGUGGUUUAGAUUCCAUUGUUGCCAGAAGAUGGAUCAAUGGGAUGUUGUUGUCUCUUCUGUGUUAUGAAGAUGGUAUGCUGGACCAGAGUUCAGUGAUCCCUUUAGUUGAUGGAGGGACAGAAGGCUUCAAGGGUAAUGCAAGAGUUAUUCUACCUGGUCUUACUUCCUGUAUCGAGUGUACACUUGACCUCUUCCCCCCACAGGUGAAUUUCCCUCUUUGUACUAUAGCACACACGCCCCGUCUGCCGGAACAUUGUAUAGAAUAUGUCCGCAUUCUCCUCUGGCCCAAAGAAAACCCAUUUCGUGAAAACUUACCCAUCGACGGUGAUGACCCACAACAUAUUAACUGGAUCUUUGAGAAGGCUCAGAAGAGAUCAGCAGAGUAUGGCAUCAGUGGUGUGACCUACAGACUAACACAAGGAGUGGUGAAGCGAAUCAUCCCAGCUGUGGCAUCAACCAACGCUGUUAUUGCUGCUGCCUGUGCUACCGAGGUGUUCAAGUUGGCCACUUCAGCCUGUACACCUAUGAAUAAUUAUUGUGUGUUUAAUGACUCUGAUGGUAUAUACACCUACACCUAUGAACAGGAGAAAAAGGAAGAUUGUGUAGCAUGCAGUCAGGUGCCUCAAGAGCUUCUAGUCCAGUUAACAGAGAAGUUACAAGAUGUUAUAUCAAGGCUGAAGGAUUCUCUCCAAUACCAGAUGAAAAGUCCCGGCCUUCAGGCAAUGAUAGAUGGACGAACCAAGUCCCUGUACCUGCACUCUCCCGCCUCCAUUGAAGAGAGGCUACGACCUAACCUGAAGAAGACUAUUGAAGAAUUGGGUCUGCGUGAUGGGAUGGAGAUAGCUGUAGCCGAUGUCACUAGUCCAACCACAGUUCUCUUCAAAGUGAAGAUACAAACUUGAGUACAACGGAUCUGUCCUUCUACAAUAAUAUUAGUGUUACGUUCUAUCUUACGUAUAAUACUUGUUAGCAUUUGUGAGUGGAUAUUUUUCAAGACAUUGCCUUACCUUGCUAUCAUUUUAUUGUAUCUCGUUAUGAGGCUUUGUCAUAGUACAGUACUCUUAUCGGUUAACUCCCUACUUUUGUGAUUUGUUGGAAUUAAUGAUCAAUUCUUAGAAAGUGGAACAAUAUUAAAAUUUAGUAUAUAACACUUUAAUAUUGUUGCAAAUAUAGCUUGACUACCCAUACAUGUAUCUCUUGAGAUAUUUCAUUAUAAUCUUACUCAUCUAGACUGUUCUCCCUUAUAACCCACAUGCUUACCUUCACCCCGUCCAAGAGGUUGAUCGACGCUUCACCAAAACUAUUUACUUAAUAUCUAAGGUUUUUGAAUCCUUUCAUUUAUUAUCUAAUCCAUAUUACCAAAGCAUCAAGAGCAAAGAAAACAAAAACUUCGUUCUCUUGAAGUGUCAUCAAGUUGGGGGACUCAUAUUCACCCAAAAUGUGAUGCCUCAGAAUCUUCCCACUUACAGCCAUUUUAUAUAUUACACUAAACAGGCAUUAGACAAAAUAGUAAACUCCUUGAGAACUGUCUAAGUCUUCACAUGGGAAUGAAAGCAACUCCCAUGUCUGAAAUGAAGACUGGGUUGGGUGGGGAGGGGGUAAAUCACAUCUUUCUUCCUUGUAUAUAAAUAAUAUUUUGUGACAUGAUCCAAGUAUGGAGCCAUUAAUAUGUGGUGAUCAUGCCAGGAAGAGGAUUGGAUUGCAUGAAAGGAGUAAAGUUGAAAUCUUGGAACCAAAGUUAAAUCUCAGAGAAAGAUGUUGGGGUGACCAUCGCUGGAGAAAAAAACCACCGCCACCUUAUUUAUUUUCUUACGUGUCCACCAUAACACAAUAGAAGCUGAGGGGGGUCAUACAUUUACCCAUCUGUUUACAAUGUCAUUUCUGUUGACAGCUUGAGCGAGGCUGUCACAUGUAUCCUGUUAAUUUAGGUACAGUUCGAUAAUGAUCAAUGUUUUCUCCGCAUUAUUUUCUAUUUGUGACCGCUCUUUUAAGUUUAGCUGGGUCAUACAUCACUGAGAUCUUAGGUAUUAAAGGUACUGCAGUGUCAGGUAUGAUGAGGAGUCACUAUAUUGAUAUUCUGAACCUAAACUAAUACACUGAUAAUAAUUAACAAGUGUGUGAGUCUCUACAGUAGAAACACCUCAAACAGUGAGGAUGGAGCUCAGGCAGGCACUAGUCACACCUGUGGAGAAUAGUUAAGACUCUACACACGACACCAUCAUGACACUCACUAUGACAAGCAAUAAUUUUCCACCCUGUCAAAUUUAUUUAUGAAAUUUCUGCACUUGGGUUUAACUUUAUAAAACAUAAAUUUACUUCAAACUUUACUUGUUAGUUGUUAAAUUUGUCAAGACUAAUAAAAGUACUUUUCAGAAUCAGGAAAACUACAAGUCUAUUUACCGGUAAUAAAAUAAUUUAUAAUAAACUUUGUCUUUUAUUGUGUGCGGUAAGCUGGAUGAAAAUAAAAAUGAAAUACAGUGCAUCAAUAAAAAAAUACAAAACAAUUAUUACCGUUUAACAUUAUGGUAAGUGGACGGAUCAGACAUCCUGAGAAGAAAUAUACAUCACGUGUGCAGACAAUGUCAAACACUUUUAAUUCAACAACACAACUGUACAAACUUCAUCAACACAAUAUCCUCAGAUGACAAUAUUUACCAAGAUCUCCAAUGAUUUUUUCCCUAUUCAGUUACACUUGAAUUAAGUUGUCCAUCAAGGUAUUGGUAAAUAUCAAGUCAAAUUGGCCAUUUAUGUUAAGUAUAGUUUUUUUUUCAUGCUUUCUGGAUAAAAAGGCAUUUAAACAUAGAAAUUACACAGUGAACCUUCAUAGUCUUCAGUUAAAAAUAUCAAAUGACAAUAGUUUAAGAUCAUAUAUAAAGACGUGGAGUAUAUAUGGAAGCCAAUAGUACACCUAAUUCAUGUGGAUGACUGAAAACAAAACACACACUAAUGUGCACCCACUUAUAUCAUCUCCAAUUGAAGUACCUGUACUAUACUUUAUGAUUAGAUAAUAUAUCAAAAGAGAACUAAGAGGAAUUUUAAGUGAUGUGUAAUACAAUAUUUAUAAUAACUAAAAAUCUGUUGAAUUAAUAAAAGAUUUCACAUAACUUCAUAUAUAGUAUAGUGAUAUCCCUUCAGCCAGAACAAUUGGUACACAACUCUUUUGGGAAUGAGAGUUUUACAGGUAACGAACUUACUUUCUCGUCCCCGGAAUUUUUCCUUGUACAGGUAAGGGAUUAGUGGGUCACAUGUUACUGACCUGGCCUGAUGCAGUAUCAGGUCAUCCAUUGUAUAUAAGCUCUUCUAUCAUUUGCAGUGAAUGAGUGGUGGGUUUAAUGACCUGAAGAUAUCUUGAAUAAAGAUGAAAGCUAAGGUG